UAAAAUCACAGUGCACCAAAUCGUCAAGAUGGUGGCAAAGAAUUCAAGGUUUAAUAGGCGCGGUUCCUUUUGUUCGUUAUUUGGACAAGCAAAGUGACAUUGUAGCGUAUAAUAAACGAUUUUAAAUAUCUAUAAAAACAGCUGAUUUCGAUUUUGAAAUUGUUGAUACUUUUAUGAUCUGUUUUCUAUUGGUUUACACGUCAGCUGACACAUGUUUAUGUACAACUUGAAUGUACGCAUGUAACGUGCAUAAAAUUUUAUCUAAAAAGGUUGCCAAAUCAAAACGGUCAUUCUGAAAAAUCUCAUUCGAGAACAAAAUGACGUUGCAUAUUAUGGAAAAAUUGAAAGAUAAGGGGUGGUAUAUUACAGAUCAUGGUUACAAUAGUGCAAGUGAUUCUGGAAGUGUUAUUGACAUACAAAAAAUUAUUAAACGAUUAUUGGAUCUUGAUUUAAGAGAGAUUGGUAGUGGUCAAGGAGAUAUAAUUCAGGGUAAUAUUGUAUUACAAAUACAAAAAAUACGUAAUGUAGCUGCUCCUAAAAAUAAUGAAGAAUCUCGUGCAGCUCCACGUUUAUUAAAAUUCUUUUUAACAGAUGGUAAAAAUAAUUUUCAAGCUAUUGAAAUUGAACACAUUUCAUUUUUAAGUUUAAAUACACCUCCUGGUACAAAAAUAUUAAUUGGUUGCGGAAAUCUACCAAUUUCUCAUGGAAUCAUUUUAUUAAGACCUUCAAAUAUAGCACAAGUACUUGGAGGAAAAGUAACAAAUCUUGUAGAAAAAUGGGAACUGAACAAAAAAUUAGCAUUACAUAUAAGAAUGAGAUCUGCAGAAGAAGGUGGUCCACCACCAUGGAUACCAUUUGGGAAAAAAAUUAUAAAAGUCUCUGAACAAGACAAAAAUUUUAAAGCUUUAGCAGAAAAAGAAAAAUCUAGUAAAGAGAAUGCUGAAUUUGAAGCUCAACGUAAAGAUGCUAUAGCAGAAGCUUCUAAACAAGGCAGUAAAAAAGUUUUUGGAGGAGGAAAUAAACAACUUUUAGAUCAUAGUGUACAAAAAAUUGUAGAUCAAGGCUUUUCUAUAGAUCAAGCAGAAUAUGCCUUAAAAGUUAAUCGAAAUAACGUUGAUAAAGCUUUAAAAAGUUUACAGAAAACAGAUAAUAAGCAUAAUACAUUUAAAGAAUCACGAGAAUCGCGUGAACCUCGAAAUAAACGAUUCGAUAAAAAAACCGAAGAAGGUAAACCAAGUAGCGGAAAAAUCUCUCUUUUUGAUUUUCUUGAAGAUAAAUUACCUUUACAAUCUGAAUCUACGGAAUCAAGCAAUCUAUCCCAAAAUAAUUACACUCAAAAUACAGAAAAUAAUUAUGAAAAAAUUGAAUUUAAAAAUAACGAAUCACAAAGUGGGAAAAGUGGAAGAUCUCAAAAAGGAAAUCGUGGAUAUCAAAUUCCUCCAAGACUAGAAGAAAACAAGAAUAGUAAAAAAUCAAAUUUUAAUAAUCCUACGACUCAAUAUUCACAAUAUAAUGGAGGAAAUCAUUCUCAACAAAAUAGACCACCAAGAUUUCAAAGAAAUCAAGAUAAUCAUAGUUAUACACAACAAGAUUCUUUACAUAAAACUUAUCAAAAAUCUCAAUUAAAUGAUUCUCGAAAUUCUAAUGUACAAAUACGUACAGAAGGAACAAAUAUUAUGAAUAAUAGUAAUUAUUAUAAAACUUCACAAGAUCAACAAGGAAAACAUUUCAGUGGCAGGAAUUAUAAUCACUAUGAGACUGAUGUCAGGAAUAGACAAAUUUAUGAUGCUUCUUACGGUAGGCAUAAUCGAGCACAAGAAGAUGGAACACAUAGAGCUUAUCCUGCAAACACAACUGAUAAAAAUUACAAAAACCAACUGAACAGAUUUCAACCAAAUGAGAAUCCUGGUGGCAAAGGGACUUUAGGACCUAACAGCCAAAGGAGUCAGUAUAAUAAUAAUCAAAAUACACAUGUUUCUUUUACUGGCACUUGGGUUUGGCGUGUAGGUGAUAAAUGUUUGGCUAAAUAUUGGGAAGAUAAUAGAUAUUAUAAUGCGAAAGUAACUGGAGUAUCAGACAGGACAUGUGUUGUUCAAUUUAAAGGAUUUGAAAAUUAUGAAGAAGUGCUUCAAGUGGAUUGUUUGCCUAUAACAGAUGAUAACCAAGUUGUUCAAGAUUAUGUUAUGGAUCAAAAACAAACAGAUCAACGAUUUAAUAAUAGACAGAUGCGAUACGAGCAAACUCAAAAUCAUAUAAGUGUAGGUAUGGAAUUUCGAAGAGGCGGAAGUGGUGUUGUUCCUGGAAAUAAAGCUGUUUACAAUAAAAAACGUAAUCAACAAAGAAGCACACAACCUAUUUAUCAACCUCCGGCUCAACGAUCUCAGAAUUCUAUGCCUAUGAAUACUCAAAAUAAUUCCAUACUUUAAUGUAUUGUCAGUCAUUUUUUUUUUUUUUUUAGUAAAAGUACUGAAUGAUGCUGAACUUAAUAACUGUAGUUGUGUUGUUUUUAAAGACUGACCUUAUGAGAAAAAAGUACUCCAUACUUUUCAUGUAUGGUAAUUUAUAUCAUAGGUCAAUCAAUUAAAACGUGAUGUAAACGAAUUUUGUGCCACAAAUAAUUCAUAAAUGAAAGAUGUAAUAAAUGUACAAUUAUAGUAUGAAUUAUUUCCUUACACAGUGAAAGUGAAAUUAAUAAUAAAAAAUGUAAAAGUAAGAUAUUUAUUAUAAGAAACAUCAAAGUAUUUAUAUUGUAGAGAAUAAUCAUGUGCUCUAAUGUCAAAAGAUUGUGCAGCAUUUCAAUAUUUCGUCCAAUUUCGCUAAAACAUUAAUACAAUCUAAAUGCAUAAUGUAAAAAUUGUGCUGUAUAUUAUUUGUAAUUAAUUUGUAAUUACAGUUAUUUAGAAUGAAUUACAGUUGUGAAAAACGAAAA